CGUCGCCGGGGGAGGUUGCGUCGCUUCGUACCAGCCCCAACGUGUUUCGCGCGACCGAUCGCUUAUAUAACAGUGUUUGUUUUGUGACUAUUCGAUUGCCGAGAAAGGAUUUAUUGCGGAAUCCAAGAAUGCCCUCAUCCCGCUGAGUCUUCGAUCACAUCUUCCAAAUGUGUUACAAUGCGGUUCGGACAAUAUAACGCAGUGACGUGUGCGUGGGUGAUGUGAGAGACAUUAUGUCAAAGGGUAGGCGCUGGCUGGCCAUGGUGGCGGUGGUGGUGCUAGCGGGGGCGGUCAGGGGGUGGGACUGCGUGUGCAACCCCCGGGAGUGUGAGGUGCUGGAACCGAGCGGCUGCCCAGGGCUGGGCAUCGUGGUGUGGGAUCCUUGCAGGUGCUGCAAAGUAUGCGCGAGGACGCUAGGGGAAGACUGUGGAGGCUUCAGAGGGACUUGUGAGCCUGGCUUGAAGUGCUACGAAGGCUCGUGUACACCCAUCACGUGAACCAAGCAUGCCCCGACUUGUAUCAUAUGUGUAUAGUGUUGAUAGAAGAAAACAUAUCCCGGACAAUGUAGCAAUCGAGAGGACCAGAAGGCAAGUAGACUUUAGAUGAGUGGCAUAAAUUGUUUGCGACAAUAACUUAGACAUCGUGUAAUGGACAAAGUAACAAAUAUGUUACUUGAAAAUUGACCUGUUAUUAAACACAAAUGUAACUUUACGACCCAUUAAAAGUUUACUUGAUGAUGCAAUUAUAACUGAAGAUUAACUCUAAAAUGUAAUUUUGUAUAAAUUGGCGGUACCCUAAUUGAAUGUUGAUUUUAAUUAAGAUUUAAUUAGUAAAUAGUCUACUUAAACAAUUGAAACUACAGUUAAAAUUGCUAUUUUACUGUUAU